GCCCACACAAAAGUCUAGAGUUCAUAAGCUUGGAACCAACCAAUUCCUCUCCUUUCCAUCUGCCAACUCUCCGGCCCCCAAGUGAUCAAUCUCCACUACCACUUUAAUAUCUCAUCCCCAUUGAACAUACUAGAAAGCAUCUCUUCCUUCAUCAGUCUUCUUGUCUUUUAAUCCUGAGACAUGGCCUCCAGUUCUAUGAGCCUCUCUCGCACCUCAGACUCCUCCUGGACCUUGAGGGAGAACAAGAGGUUUGAGGACGCACUGGCAAAGUAUGACAAGGACACCCCUGACCGCUGGCACAAAGUGGCCCAGGCCGUGGGUAGUAAGUCGGUCCAAGAGGUGAAGCACCACUAUGAACUGCUCAUCAGGGACAUCAAUUACAUCGAAACGGGCCAUGCCUCCUUUCCCAACUACUGAUCCUCUGGUCAUAGGGGAGGCAGCAAUGGCUGGUCUGGAGUAUCUAAAGCUCAAGUGAUCACGCAUAUAAAGUAAUAAAUAUAUCUGUAUGGAAUAGCAGGAGUGUUGUGCUUCGCUGGAGUACCAGAUAGAAGCAUAUAUGUAAGCAAACUCAGUGGAUAAGUUAUCGCCGAUCUUAUAGCGGUCUGAUGUCUCUUUUAUAAAUUCAUCUUAUUGUAAUUCCUCUGUAGACUGAUAAGCACGUCUGGCUACUAGUGUGUGUACUUAUUACUAUGAAAACAACUUUGAUAUAA